AUGACAAGAGGACCAUUCAAGUUAUUUGACCUUCCUCGGGAACUUCGAGACAAAAUAUACUACCAAUAUCUAUACCGUCCGGGGAGAGUCUACUACACUGCUCAUGACAGGCCCUUUUGGGAAACCUAUGGCAAAAGCGAUGAUUUCUCAAAUUUGUUUACAGUGUCCAAACAAGUUUACCAUGAGGCAUUCAACGUCUUCUGUGAAGCCAAUACCAUUGCGCUAUCUGUACAAUACAAUCCUCGCGAAGACUACAGCAAGCCCCUCACUGGGCUCCUUCGUCUGUUUCCCGAACGAGCCGCGGCGAGUCUGACAAGAGUGAGCCACACAUAUCGCGACAUUAUUACGCGGGCAGUGGGAAAAUGGGGUUAUGCACCCAGUCACGGUAGUAUCGCCCAAGGCGGUGACGGAACUGGCCAUUAUCAAAAGCACAAUUCGGCCGGGGAGACGUUUGUAGAGAUCUUGAGGGACGCGGAGAUUCUGAGGCAGUUCUUCCCGAAGCUGAUUGUUUUUGAGGCAGGCUGGUUUCCGGAGCCGCCGUUCCACGAGUAUCCGGAACAGUUGGGUCCAGUGCGUAAGAUUGCACGCUUGUGGAAGGAAGGCGUAGAAGAGGGGAAAAUAAGAGACAUAUGGCUCGACACGAUGCAAGGGUGGCUACAAGGGAAAAGUGUGGUACCAUUAAGUUGCAUUCAAUUUUCUCUCAAUGGUUAUGCUGCGGAUGGCUUUGGCGAUGAUUUGGAUGUGUUAUUCAAUGAAGCAUAUAUAGCACUAGUGAAGGAGCGGACGACUGAAGAUGAUAUCGAGGACAGCGGGAGAGCGUGGCUAGAGGCAAUGGACAAGGAAAAGACGACUAGGAAGAAGACGAAUAGGAAGAAGCAGGGUAGGAAGACACGGGAAGAGAGCGCAUAG